AUGAGUUACUCGAGCCCAAGCCACAUAUCGAUACUCACCGGAGCAAUAAAAGCAUCAGCAGAACGCUUGAUCGAUGAUUACAACGGCGAGAAACAGGCAACACAACUGCUAAGAAGUAUCCCGAAACCGAUAGUUGAGGCUAUAAUUGAUGGUACAAUCGGAUACCGAUAUAAAGCAGAUCCAGACUUUGCCCAGCUUUUUACAAAAGACGGAUGCCCUGGUGUUUACUUAAACACAUUCCUUGUAAAAGGAACAGGUAAGGGGCUCAACUCGAAGCAAUGGAAAGCCCUUCAAGAUAUUAUAACUCGAUACCUCGAUGGUCAGAAACACAUCAUCGACGAGAAUUCCACAAAGGAUCAAGAGGCGAAUGCGGAAGAGGCUGCUAGAAUCGAAUACGCUUAUAACCGGUCGAACCUCAGUCUAGAUUAUUUCCGAGAGAUGACUAGAGAAGGCAAAAGAGCCUUUACCCAACCAAUCCGAGAACAAGACCGCAGAUUUUGCAGACUACUAUCGAAUAGGAUCUGCUUCGACAUCGAUCCAAGUGGGACAACACCUCAGCUACAAUCUCCUGCCCAGGUUGGCUGCUCCCAGAAUCUAGGAGGGAGGAUGCCGGAAUAUAGCCCGGACUGUGGGAUGAAGAAUACCCCAAACCUAUGGGCACUUAUAAUUAAGUGUCUUGCAGUAUUAAAUAUCGAAAUCGAGCAUAUAUCGCUACCUAUUUUAAAGGUCUGGAGGCAUGAUCAUCUUGCUAUUGCAGAAACGCUUAUCACAGAGCUAGCAUCGUCGAUGGUCGAGUACGGGGGGAUUAACCCAAUACAACCUGGGAACGCAACCCUUACGGUAGAAAACGAUCUCUUUGAAGUACGGUUGCAGGCGUUCGUCGAGAGCGCAAGGAUUGCGGAUGACAUGGAAGCUUCUUUGGUCCAGGCCAAGUUGCGAAUUGAGCUGCUCGAGUCGAUAAAGGACGUGGAGAGAUAUGGGGAUGAUUUAGAGGAGAUGGACGAACGCGUCUCGAUUGUACAGGAGCGUCAGGAGAAGAUGAUCUCAGCCAUGAGGCAGAUGACGAAAGAGCUCGAGGAGGACACAGAGAAGCUUUGCGAGGAGGAUCCAGCCAAAUCAAUGGCAACUAUCAAAGAGCGCAAAGCGCAGCUCGCCUUCAGGAUGAAGACUUUAGACUGGCUCCAAGGCAUCAAGGACAAGAGAGACAUGGACGAUGGAAUCAGCAUGGAUUCUAUUGUACUUCAACCGCGUUAG